AAUAUCUGGAUACAGGGCUUGCCAUAGAGCUAAGAAUAGUCACGGUUCGGUCAUUCAGCGGUGCUGCGGGCUUAAAAUUUCCCAAUGGUUGGCGUGUGUGUAUAAAUUGUGUGAUUUUUUUUUUAUUGAUGUAACGAAAUAGGGAUUUUUUGCUUACUAAAAGGACAAAAGGCUUGAGCCAGAAAAAUGGUGGCGGAGGCCGAGGGAGGCUCCGAACAGGACGAUGUCUCCUUCUUGCGGACGGAAGAUAUGGUGUGUCUUUCCUGUACCGCAACAGGAGAACGUGUCUGUUUGGCCGCCGAAGGUUUCGGUAAUCGACACUGUUUCCUAGAAAAUAUCGCCGAUAAGAAUAUCCCUCCUGAUUUGUCCCAAUGCGUUUUCGUAAUCGAACAAGCCUUAUCGGUGAGAGCUUUGCAGGAAUUGGUCACUGCUGCCGGUAACGAAUCUAACAAUGACAGUUUAGGCAAAGGAACAGGUUCAGGACAUCGUACAUUAUUGUACGGCAACGCUAUACUUCUCAGACAUCAAAACAGCGAUAUGUAUUUAGCAUGCUUGUCUACAAGUUCCAGCAAUGAUAAAUUGGCUUUUGAUGUCGGUUUGCAAGAACACAGCCAGGGUGAAGCAUGCUGGUGGACUGUUCAUCCUGCCAGCAAGCAAAGAUCGGAAGGUGAAAAAGUCAGAGUCGGUGACGAUUUGAUUUUGGUAUCAGUGGCAACUGAACGAUAUUUGCACACAACCAAAGAAAACGAACUGUCUAUUGUUAAUGCAAGUUUCCACGUCACUCAUUGGUCGGUACAACCUUAUGGUACUGGUAUUUCGCGUAUGAAAUAUGUCGGUUACGUAUUUGGAGGUGAUGUACUUCGAUUUUUUCAUGGAGGCGAUGAAUGUCUUACUAUACCAUCUACUUGGAGCACUGAAGAAUCUCACAACAUCGUCAUUUACGAAGGCGGUAGCGUCAUGUCCCAAGCUCGUUCCCUUUGGAGGCUGGAACUUGCCAGAACCAAAUGGGCAGGAGGUUUCAUCAAUUGGAGCCAUCCUAUGCGCAUAAGACACAUCACAACCGGUCGCUAUUUGGCCGCCAACGAAAACAACGAGCUGUUUCUAGUCAGCCGAGAAGAAGCCGCCACUUCUUUGACGGCUUUUUGUCUCAGACACGAAAAAGACGAUCAGAAAGUGGUCUUGGAAGACAAAGAUUUGGAAGUGAUCGGGUCGGCCAUUAUCAAAUAUGGUGAUUCUACGGUUAUCGUGCAACAUUCUGAGACCGGAUUGUGGUUGUCUUAUAAAGCUUAUGAAACGAAAAAGAAGGGAGUUGGUAAGGUUGAAGAAAAACAAGCUGUUUUGCACGAGGAAGGCAAAAUGGACGAUGGCUUGGAUUUCAGUAGGAGUCAAGAGGAAGAAUCCAGAACGGCCAGAGUCAUUAGAAAAUGUAGCUCCUUAUUCACUCAAUUCAUUAAUGGUUUGGAAAGUUUGCAAGUAAAUAGGAGACACUCAAUAUUUUUUCAAGUAGUGAAUCUAAAUGAAAUGGUCAUGUGCCUGGAAGACUUGAUAAAUUAUUUCGCUCAGCCCGAAGACGACAUGGAACACGAAGAAAAACAAAACAGACUCAGAGCCUUGAGAAACAGGCAAGAUUUGUUUCAAGAAGAAGGCAUCCUGAAUUUAAUCCUCGAAGCCAUCGAUAAAAUCAACGUAAUCACUUCGCAAGGCUUCUUAGCUGCAUUGGCUGGCGACCAAAGCUGGGAAAUGAUUUCCGGAUAUCUAUAUCAAUUACUGGCCGCUAUAAUCAAAGGAAACCACACAAAUUGUGCCCAGUUUGCCAAUUCGAAUCGAUUAAAUUGGCUUUUCUCCAGGCUUGGUUCUCAAGCAUCAAGCGAAGGCACCGGAAUGUUGGAUGUACUUCAUUGUGUCCUGAUAGACUCUCCAGAAGCUCUAAACAUGAUGAGAGAUGAACACAUCAAAGUCAUAAUAUCCCUACUAGAGAAACACGGACGCGAUCCUAAAGUCUUGGACGUCCUGUGCUCAUUAUGCGUCGGUAAUGGAGUAGCAGUCCGUAGCUCGCAGAACAACAUUUGCGAUUAUUUACUGCCUGGCAAAAAUCUACUUCUACAAACGCAACUGGUGGACCACGUAGCCAGCGUACGACCAAACAUUUUCGUAGGUCGUGUAGAAGGCAGCGCCAUUUACCAGAAAUGGUACUUCGAAGUGACCGUAGAUCACCUGGAACAAACCACCCACAUGACGCCGCAUCUGAGAAUCGGCUGGGCCAAUGCCAAAGGCUACAUACCGUAUCCUGGGGGCGGCGAAAAAUGGGGCGGCAAUGGAGUGGGCGACGAUUUGUAUUCAUUUGGAUUCGACGGAGGGUUUUUGUGGACUGGAGGCCGAUGUACACAAGUUGUUGGAGGUGCAGUGGAACCUUACAUUAAAAAAAAUGACGUAAUUGGUUGUGCCUUGGAUUUAACAAUCCCACAAAUAAAUUUCACUUUUAACGGAAACCAUAUACGAGGUAGUUUUAGGAAUUUCAACUUAGACGGCAUGUUUUUUCCUGUUAUAAGCUGUUCUUCUAAAUUAAGUUGUCGUUUCUUAUUGGGUGGCGAUCAUGGCAAAUUGAAAUUCUGUCCCCCAGACGAAUUUUCUCCCCUAGUAGAAAGUUUGCUGCCCCAACAAAUCCUUAAUCUGGAUCCCUGUUUCUAUUUCGGUAACAUGAACAAAAGCGUCAUUGCUGGACCUCUUGUAGUCGAAGACGAUACCGCUUUCGUGCCUAAUCCUGUAGAUACAUCCAUGGUUAGUUUGCCUAGCUACAUUGAAUCCAUAAGAGACAAACUGGCUGAAAAUAUUCACGAAAUGUGGGCGAUGAAUAAAAUUGAAGCUGGCUGGGGUUGGGGUGAAUACAGAGACGAUAUGAGGCACAUACAUCCUUGCUUGGUGCCUUUUGAUAAGCUACCGCCAGCUGAAAAAAGAUACGAUUCACAAUUAGCUGUUCAAACUUUGAAGACAGUCAUAGCGUUGGGUUACUACAUAACAAUGGACAAACCACCUUCUAGAAUCAAAACAGUAAGAUUACCCAACGAACCAUUCAUGCAAGCAAAUGGUUACAAACCAGCCCCACUUGAUUUAAGCGCAAUUCAUUUGACUCCCAAAUUAGAAGAGUUGGUUGAUCAAUUGGCCGAAAACACACACAAUCUUUGGGCUAAGGAACGCAUCCAACAAGCAUGGACUUAUGGAUUGAAUGAGGAUCCAGACAUGUUACGGAGUCCUCAUCUUGUGCCGUACAGUAAAGUGGACGAUGCAAUUAAGAAGGCGAAUCGUGAUACUGCUUCAGAAACUGUUAGAACUUUAUUGGUUUAUGGUUACAUUAUUGAUCCACCUACUGGUGAACAGCAGGAAACUUUACUAGCUGAGGCUAGUAGGCUUAGGCAGCAAGCAUUUAGAACUUAUAGGGUCGAAAAGCAUUAUGCUGUAGGUUCAGGCAAAUGGUAUUUCGAAUACGAAAUUCUAACAGCCGGACCAAUGCGAGUUGGUUGGGCCAAAGCUGAUUGCGCUCCAGGUUCAAUGCUGGGUUCUGACGAAAACACUUGGGCAUUUGAUGGUUACAAUGAAGAAAAAGUCUAUAGUAAUUCAGCUGAAUCGUUUGGAAAACAGUGGCAGGUGAACGAUGUGGUCGGCGUUUUUCUCGAUCUGAUCGAUCACACUAUAAGCUUUUCACUAAACGGAGAACUUUUAAUGGACGCUCUUGGAGGAGAAACAACAUUCGCAGACGUCCAAGGAGACAAUUUCGUUCCAGCUUUCACUUUAGCAGUGGGCCAAAAAGCCAGACUUUGUUUUGGCCAAGAUGUCAACCAACUCAAAUAUUUCACCACGUGUGGCUUACAAGAAGGCUACGAACCCUUCUGUGUCAAUAUGAAUCGACCAGUGACCUAUUGGUACACCAAAGACCAGCCGAUAUUCGAAAACACUGACGAUAUGCCCGACACCAAAAUAGACGUCACAAGAAUUCUGGCAGGCUCCGACAGUCCGCCUUGUCUCAAAAUCAGCCACAACACUUUCGAGACUAUGGAAAAGGCCAAUUGGGAAUUUUUAAGGCUCAGUUUGCCCGUUAUUUGCCAUUCAGAAUUUAUUACUGAAGACGAAAAAAUGCGUCGCUGGAACGAAAUCAAAAUAAGACAGCACCGAUUGAAAGCCGAAGUGGAACAACAGCAACAAGGUCAACAACCGAAUCCAGCUCACAUUGAGAAUAUUAUGAGGAGUGGAUUUUCUAUGACAGACAUAAAAGGUUUACACAGAAACUAUUCCGAAGAUGCUGUAGAAUCGGAUGAAGUCAUGAAGCAACAGCACGUGUCAAGAACCAAUCAACAUGGUAAAAAUAUGCCUGCUAGACCUCCGCGCAAAGGAUCAUUGUCUAGAAAUAAUGCAAAUGGAUUUGAUGACGGAUAUCACAAUGCAAAUGGUAACAGAGGAGUACACCGAUCCACCAGCGAAGUCGAUAUGAACCGAUACUACGAUCCAGCACCGCAGAAUACCGAAAAAGUACCCGAGGAAAAGAAGAAGAGAGGCAGAUCACCAUUCAAGUUUUUCAAAAAACGUGGGGAUACUUCAAGCACUGAACGUACCAAAACGAAAAAAACCCGUUCCCCAGCCGAACCGCGUAACUUGCAAGUUAACAGCGGCAUGUCUCCCACAGCUCGUUCUGUAGGCCUGUCCAAUACAAUGCUCUCUCGAAGCCCUACAAUGAAACAGCCUCAAGGCGAUAACCUUCAAGCAUCUACAGGCAAUCAACAAAAGCAGCUGUCUGUACCCCAAACUUCCGACGUAGAAUUUGUUGGCAAUGAAUUAUAUGACGGUGAAUGUCUGAAGUUGAUCAACGAAUAUUUUUAUGGUGUGCGGAUAUUUCCUGGCCAAGAUCCUGCUCACACUUACGUUGGUUGGGUGACUACACAGUAUCACUGUUUCAGUAAGGAUUUCAAUCAGAAUCAUGUAUUGAAGUCUUCUGUUGUGAUUGCUGAUGAGUAUAGUAAUAACAUUAUUGAUCAAAUCGACAGACAAUCAUGCUACAUGGUCAGAGCCGAUGAACUAUACAACCAAGUAACUCAAGAUGCUUCCGGAAAAGGCGCUUCUCAAGGGAUGUUCAUCGGAUGUUUCCUAGAUGCUGCAACCGGUUACAUCAGCUUCACUUGCGACUUGAAGCCAACAUCGCACAAGUUCAAAAUGGAACCAGACACCAAACUGUUUCCGGCUAUUUUUGUCGAAGCCACCAGCAAGGAAAUCAUGCAAAUCGAAUUGGGGCGCACCUCCACGAGCCUUCCUUUGUCCGCGGCCGUUUUGCAAAACAGCUCCAAACACGUCAUACCGCAGUUUCCGCCCAGGUUGAAGGUGCAAUGCUUGAAACCACAUCAAUGGGCCAGGGUUCCUAAUCAAAAUCUUCAAGUCCACGCUCUAAAACUCUCAGACAUCAGAGGUUGGUCGAUGUUGUGCGAAGAUCCGAUUUCCAUGCUCGCGCUUCAUAUCCCAGAAGAAGAUCGUUGCAUCGAUAUUCUAGAGCUCAUCGAAAUGGAUAAAUUGUUGAGCUUCCACGCUCACACUCUGACGUUGUACUCGGCUCUAUGUUAUCAAAGCAACUACAGAGCCGCUCACGCGUUGUGUCAUCACGUAGAUCAGAAGCAGCUGCUCUACGCCAUACAGUCGGAGUAUAUGAGUGGGCCUUUGAGGCAAGGAUUCUACGAUUUGCUGAUUUCGUUGCAUUUGGAAGCUACUGCAACAACUAUGGAGGUUUGCAAAAAUGAAUACGUCAUCCCAAUAGGGCAAGACCUCAAAGAUCUUUAUGAAGACUCUAUAAUGGGCCAUAGUUUGUGGAAGCUUCAAAUGGAGUCUGUGGUGCCUCAAAUGAAGACUUCUGAUAUUAGUGAAAAUAUCGAAAACAUAAAGGCUCUAUAUUCUCCAUAUUUUCCUUUGGACGUUGUGAGAGAUUAUUCCAUGAGCGCUCUAGCGGAAUCGGUUGAAAUAAAUCAAGUGCACAAUAGAGAUCCUAUUGGAGGCUCUAAUGAAAACUUGUUUUUGCCUCUAUUGAAACUGGUUGAUCGUUUGCUAUUAGUAGGCAUGUUAAGUGACGAAAACGUCGAAAAACUUUUGAUAAUGAUUUGUCCGGAAACCUGGGAUAGAACAUUCCAGAAAGAGGGUAAAGACGAGCACCGCAAAGGUCUACUUCAAAUGAAAAUGGCCGAAGGGGCGAAGCUCCAAAUGUGCUAUUUGCUGCAACAUCUUUGCGACAUCCAGCUAAGGCACAGAGUGGAAUCUAUAAUAGCUUUCAGUCACGAUUUUGUUGGUGAACUUCAAACUGAUCAGCUCAGACGGUACAUCGAAAUCAAACAGUCCGAUUUGCCUUCGGCGAUAGCUGCUAAAAAAACCAAAGAGUUCAGGUGCCCGCCUAGAGAGCAAAUGAACGCAAUUUUGUGUAAGUUUCAGGAAUUUGGUUUCAAAAAUCUAGAAGAAGAAGAAAAAGAAAACUGUCCCCUUGGAGACGACCUCUGUGAAAGAAUGAACACGUUCCAUAACGGCCUAAUGAUCCACGUAUCACUGCAAGCUCUACAAGCACCAGGUGAAGAAGAAAAUGCUGACGAGCAAGCUAAAACAGGUCCGUUGAAGAAGCUCUACAAUUUCAUCAAUGCCGUUAAGGAACUGGAAGAAGAACCGAAACCGGAACCGGAACCCGAAAAGAAAACCCCAGAGGAAGUGUUCAGGAAAGUCCUAAUCAGCACCAUAGUGCGAUGGGCCGAAGAAGCCCAAAUCGAAAUGUCGAAUCUUGUUCAAGAAAUGUUUAGCCUCCUUGUAAGGCAAUACGAUUCUGUAGGCGAACUGAUACGAGCUCUAGAAAAAACCUACAUAAUAAACUCCAAGACCAAAGCCGAUGUGGCUGAAAUGUGGGUAGGCCUCAGCCAAAUCCGUGCCUUAUUACCAGUACAAAUGUCUUUAGAGGAAGAACAAUUAAUGCGUGAACGUUUAUGGAAACUGGUCAACAAUCAUACAUUUUUCCAACAUCCUGAUUUAAUUAGGGUUUUAAGGAUUCACGAAAACGUAAUGGCUGUAAUGAUUAAUACUUUGGGCAGAAGAUCUCAGGCUCAAUCCGAUGUUAGUGCACAAACGCAAAAUCCUGAAGGAGAAGGCGGAGCAGCAAAAGAAAAGGAUACUUCGCAUGAAAUGGUAGUGGCCUGUUGCAGAUUCUUGUGCUACUUUUGCCGCACCGGACGUCAAAAUCAGAAAGCCAUGUUUGAGCAUUUUGAUUUUCUCUUGGACAAUAGUAAUAUUUUAUUGUCCAGGCCCAGCUUGAGAGGGUCCACUCCUUUGGAUGUAGCUUACUCAUCUCUAAUGGAAAACACUGAGCUAGCUUUGGCUCUCAGAGAACACUAUUUGGAAAAAAUCGCUGUCUAUUUGUCCAGGUGUGGCCUCCAGUCCAAUACCGAGCUUGUGGAAAAAGGUUACCCGGAUUUGGGUUGGGACCCAGUCGAAGGCGAACGCUAUUUAGACUUUUUAAGGUUUUGCGUUUGGGUUAACGGAGAAAGCGUGGAAGAAAAUGCCAACUUGGUGAUUCGCUUACUGAUCCGUAGACCCGAGUGUCUUGGGCCUGCUCUAAGAGGCGAGGGCGAAGGCCUAUUGAAAGCCAUAGUAGAUGCAAAUAAAAUGUCGGAAAGAUUGUCCGAUAGGAGAAAAAUGAUGGAGGAAUCGCCAGAGGGCACUGUUAGUUUGCAGCAAUUCUCACAUCCUUUACCGGAAAGUGAUGAGGACGAUGAUUACAUUGAUACCGGUGCUGCUAUUUUGAAUUUCUAUUGUACUUUGGUGGAUUUGUUGGGAAGGUGUGCUCCUGAUUCUGGUGUUAUAGCUUUGGGUAAAAACGAAUCCUUAAGAGCUCGCGCCAUCCUACGCUCUCUAGUACCACUCGAAGACCUCCAAGGAGUCCUAAGCUUGAAAUUCACGUUACACAAUCCGGCUCAAGGCGAAGAACGACCGAAAUCCGACAUGCCGUCAGGCCUAACGCCGCCCCACAAACAAUCCGUGGUCCUAUUUUUGGAGCGAGUCUACGGCAUUGAAACGCAAGAGUUGUUUUAUCGGUUGCUGGAAGAAGCAUUUUUGCCUGAUCUUAGAUGCGCUACAAUGCUUGACAGACAUGAUGGAAGCGAAUCUGACAUGGCCUUAAGCAUGAACCGUUACAUAGGCAAUUCCAUUCUACCUUUGCUGAUUCAGCACAGUAAAUUCUACAGCGAAGCUGAAAACUACGCCUCGUUGCUCGAUGCUACUCUACACACGGUUUACAGGCUGUCGAAAAAUCGCAUGCUGACAAAAGGCCAACGUGAAGCUGUCUCAGAUUUUCUAGUGGCCUUGACCAGUCAGCUACAGCCUUCGAUGUUGCUGAAACUCUUACGCAAACUCACCGUUGAUGUUUCCAAUCUUUCCGAAUACACUACAGUAGCCUUGAGGCUGUUGACGUUGCACUACGACAGAUGUGCCAGAUAUUAUGGCUCGAGUGGUGGCCAGGGAGCUUAUGGUGCUGCAAGCGACGAAGAAAAACGUCUAACGAUGAUGCUUUUUUCAAAUAUAUUCGAUUCCCUUAGCAAAAUGGAUUACGAUCCUGAAUUGUUUGGCAAAGCCUUGCCAUGUUUGAGUGCUAUAGGUUGCGCUUUACCACCAGAUUAUUCUUUAUCCAAAAACUAUGACGACGAAUGGUAUUCUAAUAAAGCAGCAAUGUCUGGGCCAGAUGGUCCGUAUAAUCCUCAACCAAUCAAUACAUCUUCGGUACAAUUAAAUAACGAUUUGAAUAAUAUUGUGCAGCAAUUCUCUGAGCAUUACCAUGACGCUUGGGCCUCCAGGAAACUGGAAAACGGUUGGAGGCAUGGCGAUUCGUAUUCAGGCUGGGAUGGCAAUAAAACUCAUCCCAGAUUGAAGCCUUAUACAAUGCUGGGCGACUAUGAAAGGGAACGUUAUAAAGAACCCGUAAGAGAAUCUUUGAAAGCCUUAUUGGCUCUCGGUUGGACUGUAGAGCAUACAGAAGUAGAUUUGCCUUCCAAUAAUCGAAACUCUCAACAUAACAGAGGUGAAAGCGCUGUCGAUUAUAACCCGCAUCCUGUAGAUAUGACCAAUUUGACUUUGUCAAGGGAAAUGCAAAAUAUGGCUGAAAGAAUUGCGGAAAAUGCUCACGACAUUUGGGCUAGGAAGAAGCGCGAGGAAUUAACAACUUGUGGAGGAGGCAUUCAUCCUCAAUUAGUCCCAUACGAUUUGCUUACGGACAAGGAAAAGAAAAAAGACAGAGAAAGGUCUCAGGAGUUUUUGAAAUAUUUACAAUAUCAAGGCUUCAAGUUGCACAGGCCUAAUCGCGGAGGCCAACAAGAAACUGAACAAUCCACUGCAGGGCCUUCAAUUGAGCUACGGUUUGCUUAUAGCUUAUUGGAGAAGCUUAUUCAAUACUUAGAUAAAGCUACUAUUAAUAUGAAGUUGCUGAAACCUUCACAGACGUUUAGCCGCAGGAAUUCCUAUAUAAAAUCCUCCAGGGAUAUUAAGUUUUUUUCUAAAGUCGUUUUGCCUUUGAUGGAAAAAUACUUUUCUACUCACAGGAAUUACUUUAUUGCAGUAGCCACUGCCACAAAUAACACCGGAGCUGCUAGUUUGAAGGAAAAAGAAAUGGUAGCUGCAUUGUUUUGCAAAUUAGCCAGCUUGUUGAGGUCCAAAUUAUCUGCCUUUGGUGCCGACGUAAGAAUCACUGUACGUUGCCUACAAGUGUUGGUUAAAGGCAUCGACGCAAAAUCUUUAGUGAAAAACUGUCCAGAAUUUAUACGAACCUCAAUGUUGACCUUCUUCAAUAACGUUGCAGAUGAUUUGGGACAUACAAUUAUCAAUUUACAAGACGGCAAAUAUAGUCAUCUAAGGGGCACCCAUUUGAAAACAUCCACGUCUUUGUUUUACGUAAAUUCUGUUUUGUUGCCCAUUUUAACAGCGAUGUUUGAUCAUUUGGCCAAUUGCGAAUACGGCAGCGAUCUUUUGCUUGAUGAAAUCCAAGUGGCUUCCUACAAAAUCUUGCAAGCUCUGUACCAUUUAGGCACCGACGCGACUUUGCACCACGACAGGAAAUAUUUGAAAAUCGAAAUGGGAAAGUACAAACCGGCCUUGGGGUCUUGCCUUGGCGCUUUCAGUUCCACAUUUCCUGUGGCAUUUUUGGAACCGCAUUUGAACAAACAUAAUCAGUUUUCCUUGCUUAAUCGAAUUGCUGAUCAUUCGUUGGAAGCUCAAGAUAUAAUAGCAAAAAUGGAACAAUUCAUGCCCACAUUGGAAGCAAUUUUAUCCGAAGUCGAUCAGUUUGUGGACAGCAACAAAACUCACACGGACGAUCCUCACAUAAUCGACGUCAUUAUGCCAAUGCUGUGCUCUUAUUUGCCCUUUUGGUGGAGCCAGGGCCCUGAUAAUGUCAGUCCCACUGGUGGCGCUCACGUGUCGAUGGUGACUUCUGAGCACAUGAACCAGCUAUUGAAAAAUGUUCUGAAGCUCAUCAAAAAGAAUAUCGGAAACGAUAAUGCUCCUUGGAUGACUAGGAUUGCUGCUUAUACUCAACAGAUUAUUAUUAAUAGCAGCGAGGAGUUAUUGAAAGAUGUAUUUUUGCCUUUGGCUGAACGUGUUAAAAAAAGAACAGAAGCUAUGUUUCAUAAAGAGGAGAGCAUGAGAGGGUUUAUUAAGAGCAGCACUGAUGAUACUUCACAGGUUGAGACUCAAAUUCAAGAAGACUGGCAACUCUUGGUUCGGGACAUUUAUUCCUUCUAUCCCUUGCUAAUAAAAUACGUGGAUCUUCAAAGAAACCACUGGCUGAGGCACAACGUCGAAGAAGCCGAGCACCUGUACAAUCACGUAGCUGAAAUCUUCAAUAUCUGGUCAAAUUCUCAGUACUUUUUGCGUGAAGAACAAAACUUCAUUUCCGCCAACGAAAUCGACAAUAUGGUUUUGAUUAUGCCCACUGCUACUAGGAGGAGUGUCGUAACUGAUGGCAGUCAACCUUCGACAGGAAAAGCAAAGAAAAAGAAGAAAAAUCGUGACAAAAAACGUGAUAAAGACAAGGAAAUCCAAGCUUCCUUAAUGGUAGCCUGCCUCAAACGUCUCCUACCAGUUGGUUUGAAUUUGUUUGCUGGCAGAGAACAAGAACUAGUCCAACACUGCAAAGACCGCUUCUUAAAAAAGAUACCUGAAUACGAAAUAAUUGAUUUUGCUAAAACCCAACUGACUCUACCGGACAAAAUCGAUCCUGCUGACGAAAUGUCUUGGCAGCACUACCUCUACAGCAAGUUAGGCAAAAAAAGCGUCACAGUAAACACAUUGGAUAGCAAUGGCAAAAACCAACUCGAAGAAACUGUGGACAGGAUAGUGGCAAUGAGCAAAGUUUUGUACGGACUACACAUGAUCGAUCAUCCUCAACAACAACAAAAGGGCGUUUAUAGGUCUAUAGUUUCAACUCAACGUAAAAGGGCUGUAUUAUCUUGUUUCCGACAAGCCUCUUUGCAUAGUUUGCCAAGACAUCGGGCUAUUAACAUUUUCAUACGUACUUAUCGCGAUUUUUGGCUGCAAGACGAAAAUGUUGGUCAGGAGGUGAUGAUCGAAGAUCUGACUCAGAGCUUUGAAGAUUCGGAAUUGAAGAAGAAAGACGAGGAAGAAGAGGAAGGCAAACCGGAUCCACUGACACAACUUGUUACAACUUUUUGUCGUGGAGCAAUGACUGAAAGGUCUGGUGCAUUGCAAGAAGAUCCUCUUUAUAUGAGUUAUGCAGAAAUUAUUGCUAAAUCUUGCGGAGAAGAAGAAGAAGAAGGCGAAGAAGGCGGAGAAGAAGGUGGUGAAGGCGAAGAAGGAGGUUCCUCGAUACACGAACAAGAAAUGGAAAAACAAAAACUCCUCUUCAAUCAAGCCCGUUUGGCCAACAGAGGCGUAGCCGAAAUGGUUCUAUUGCACAUAUCAGCUUGCAAAGGAGUACCUUCCGAAAUGGUCAUGAAAACCCUACAACUAGGCAUUUCAAUUUUAAGAGGUGGCAAUUUCGACAUUCAAAUGGGAAGCCUCAAUCACCUAAAAGACAAAAAAGACGUGGGAUUUUUCACCAGCAUUGCUGGUUUGAUGAACAGUUGCGGCGUCUUAGAUUUGGACGCGUUUGAAAGAAACACCAAAGCUGAAGGCUUGGGAGUGGGCUCUGAAGGGGCCGCCGGCGAGAAGAACAUGCACGAUGCAGAAUUCACUUGUGCCCUUUUUAGGUUCAUUCAAUUGACUUGUGAAGGACACAAUUUGGAAUGGCAAAAUUACCUUCGUACUCAAGCAGGCAACACUACAACCGUAAACGUAGUAAUUUGCACUGUCGAUUACUUAUUGCGUUUGCAAGAAUCCAUCAUGGAUUUUUACUGGCAUUAUUCUAGCAAAGAACUCAUCGACUUGGCUGGUAAAGCGAACUUUUUCAAAGCCAUAGGGGUGGCUAGUCAAGUUUUUAACACCCUCACUGAAGUCAUUCAAGGGCCUUGUACCUUGAACCAGCAAGCUUUAGCUCAUUCCAGAUUGUGGGAUGCUGUAGGAGGGUUUUUGUUUUUAUUUUCGCACAUGCAAGACAAGUUGUCGAAGCAUUCCAGUCAGGUAGAUUUGCUCAAAGAGUUGCUCAAUUUACAAAAAGAUAUGAUUACCAUGAUGCUGUCAAUGCUUGAAGGCAAUGUUGUAAAUGGUACCAUCGGCAAGCAGAUGGUUGAUACUUUAGUGGAGAGUGCUUCAAAUGUGGAAUUGAUUCUAAAGUAUUUCGAUAUGUUUUUGAAGCUCAAAGAUUUGACUUCGAGUGCUAGUUUUUUGGAAAUUGAUAUUAACAACGACGGCUGGGUUUAUCCGAAGGAUUUUAAAGAGAAAAUGGAGCAGCAAAAAAGCUACACACCAGAAGAAAUCGAGUUCCUUUUAGCUUGUUGCGAAGUCAAUCAUGACGGUAAAAUAGACUAUGCCGGCUUUAUAGAUCGUUUCCAUGAACCUGCAAAAGAAAUCGGUUUCAAUUUGGCCGUUUUACUUACCAAUCUAUCGGAGCAUAUGCCCAAUGAACCAAGACUUGCCCGUUUUCUGGAAACUGCCGGCUCUGUCCUCAACUAUUUCGAACCAUUUUUGGGUCGUAUUGAAAUUUUGGGCAGCAGCAAGCGCAUCGAGCGUGUCUACUUUGAAAUCAAAGAAUCCAACAUCGAGCAAUGGGAAAAGCCUCAAAUUAAGGAAUCGAAACGGGCCUUUUUCUAUUCCAUAGUCACUGAAGGUGGAGAUAAAGAAAAAUUGGAGGCUUUUAUUAAUUUUUGUGAGGAUGCUAUAUUUGAAAUGCAACACGCUAGUGGAUUGAUGGCUGUGGAAGAGUCUGGAGGUGGUGGACCAACUAGAGCUACACCUUAUAGUUAUAUGACAAAUGAAGAUGAGCAAAAAGCAGGCAAUCCAAUCAGACGUGCAUAUCAAGCCGUUAAAGAUGGAAUUUAUUUUGGCUUAUCAGCUUUGAGCCCAUCAAACAUUAAACAUAAAAUAAACGAAAUGCAACAAAUGACCAUUCCAGAACUUUUUAUAGGCUUCUUCAAGUUAAUCUUCUACACCUUCUACUAUUCGGGCUUUGGAGUGGCCGUAGUAAUAAAAUACUUCCUUGGCAUUAUAAUGUCUUUGAUGCGAGGCCCGAUAAUCGAAGAGCCAGUGAUAGAAAUCAAAGAAGAAGGAAAAAUCAGCCAUCUAAGAGUCCUACCUCCGCUGCCAGCGACAGAAGACCCGAACACUCAAAUUCAAGCUUUCGGAGUCGAAAUAACCAAAGAGGACAACGGCCAGUAUAAAAUGGCUCCGCACGAGUCUCCUACUGGAAGUCAGCCGUCUUCUGGUGAAGGUGAAGGCGAAACUACGCCUGAGGAAGGUGGCGAACAGACCGAAACUGAUACUCCGGAACAACCUUUGUCCUUAUCUGAUUUGUUAGGAGGGGAACAAGCAAAAUUAGCCGCCCAAGAGAAAGCUGAAGCUCAGGCUGCCCAACAAGCGGCCAUGCAAGCAAUCGAAUCGGAAAGUAAGGCUAAAACGACCACUGAACCAUCUGCAAUGCAGCAAAUUAAUUUUAGUGCCUAUGCACAUCGGGCGGUAUCGUUUUUGGCCAGGAAUUUCUACAACUUAAAAUAUGUAGCUUUGGUUUUGGCCUUCUGUAUCAAUUUUAUGCUACUUUUCUACAAAGUAACCACAAUUGGGGACGAUUCUGGUGGUAGUGGCAGCGGUAAAGGUUCAGGAAGUGAUAUUAUUGAAGGUUCUAAUGUAGAAGGCAGCGGCUCAGGCGGGUCAGAAGAAGAAGACGACCCUCCUGAGUUAGUUAUAGUAGACGAAGACUUCUAUUAUAUGGCUCAUGUUAUGAGACUAGCCGCACUAUUGCAUUCUUUGGUGUCUUUGGCCAUGUUGAUUGCCUAUUAUCAUUUAAAGGUUCCUUUGGCUAUAUUCAAACGCGAAAAAGAAAUUGCCAGACGUCUAGAAUUCGAAGGUUUAUUCAUUGUGGAGCAGCCUGAAGAUGACGAUUUAAAGUCGCAUUGGGACAAAUUGGUUAUUUCAGCCAAAUCUUUUCCGGUUAACUAUUGGGAUAAGUUUGUUAAAAAGAAAGUGCGUCAAAAGUACAGCGAAACUUAUGACUUUGAAUCUAUUAGUAAUCUGCUAGGGAUGGAAAAGACUUCAUUUCAGCAACAGGAAGCUGAUGAAGAGACUAAAAGCAUUAUUUGGUACAUUAUUAACAUUGAUUGGCGCUAUCAAAUAUGGAAAUCCGGAGUGACAUUCACCGACAACUCCUUCUUGUACUCGUUAUGGUACUUUGUGUUUUCAAUUUUGGGCAAUUUUAAUAACUUUUUCUUUGCCGCUCAUUUGUUGGAUGUUGCAGUAGGCUUCAAAACUUUACGUACGAUUUUGCAAUCUGUAACACACAACGGCAAACAACUGGUACUUACCGUACUGCUCCUAACCAUCAUUGUAUACAUUUAUACUGUGAUUGCUUUCAAUUUCUUUAGGAAGUUUUAUGUGCAAGAGGAAGAUGAGGAGGUUGAUAGAAAGUGCCACGAUAUGUUAACUUGUUUCGUAUUUCAUUUGUACAAAGGAGUGAGAGCUGGUGGUGGUAUCGGAGACGAAAUCGAACCACCAGAUGGCGACGACUACGAAGUUUACCGUAUAAUGUUCGACAUCACUUUUUUCUUCUUUGUGAUUAUUAUUUUGUUGGCUAUCAUUCAAGGUUUGAUCAUUGAUGCUUUCGGUGAGCUUCGUGAUCAAUUGGAAAAGGUAAUUGAAGACAUGGACUCGAAUUGCUUCAUUUGCGGCCUAGAUAAAGGAUAUUUGGAUAAGGUGCCUCACGGUUUCGAUACUCACGUGCAAGAAGAGCACAACCUUGCUAAUUACAUGUUCUUCCUUAUGCAUCUAAUUAAUAAACCAGAUACAGAAUACACGGGUCAAGAGACUUACGUGUGGAAUAUGUACCAGCAAAGAUGCUGGGACUUUUUCCCUAUGGGUGACUGUUUCAGGAAGCAAUACGAGGAAGAAAUUAGCGGAGGUGGUGGAUGAUUUCUUCCAGAAUUUUUUAUGCUCAAGUCUUUUUUUUGUGUAAAUAAUAAAGCGAUCUUAAAUGUACAAACUAAGACCGGCCUUAUAUAAUAAUUAUUUCAAUUAAUUUCCAGUUUUGAUUGAGUCGUUCGAAAAAAAUGAAUAUAUUAUUGAUAUUUUAUCAUUGAA